AGUCUCGGAUAUUUUGGGCUUACAACAGGAUAUAAAACUACAGACUGGGACAAAUUAUUUGUCUGCUACAAAGCUGUUGUUAGGAGAGAGAGAGAGAGAAAACUUCCCAGAGAGAGGCACGCGAUGCAGCACUACGGGGUGAACGGCUACUCUCUGCACGCCAUGAACUCUCUGAGUGCCAUGUACAACCUACAUCAACAGGCCGCACAGCACGCACAGCACGCGCCCGACUACCGGCCCUCCGUGCACGCGCUCACUCUUGCGGAGAGACUGGCAGACAUCAUCUUGGAGGCGCGCUACGGCUCUCAGCACAGGAAGCAGCGCCGCAGCCGCACAGCCUUCACCGCGCAGCAGCUCGAGGCGCUGGAGAAAACUUUCCAGAAAACUCACUACCCUGAUGUGGUCAUGCGAGAACGUCUGGCCAUGUGCACCAACCUACCCGAAGCUCGAGUACAAGUGUGGUUUAAAAACCGUCGUGCGAAGUUCCGCAAGAAGCAGCGUAGCCUACAGAAAGAGCAGCUUCAGCGGCUGAAGGAUGCUGGGACAGAAGGAGCCCAGGAAGAGAAGAAAGAAGAAGCUCCGCCUGCUGAGACACAAGCCCCGCCCUCCCCUUCAGAUGGGCGUGGCCCCAAAUGUCCCCCUCCAUCAUGUGAGUUGAGUGAAGAGGUGAAUGUCACCUCACCGGAAGAGUCAGGGGCGGAGUCAGGGGCUGAGGACAUGACUGACAGAGAGGAUGAAUCACUGUCCAUCAAAGAUGAUACAAAAGAGGAGGGGCCAACCCUGACGACAGACCACAGUUCACCUUCUUGUAAACCAAUGAGCCCUAAAUCAGAUGAGUCGCUGGGUUCUCCAGCUCUUCCCUCCUCCAGUGGCGUGAGCAGCGGAGUGACUCAGACCAACUCCUACGCUUCAUGUCCUCUCAGUCUGUUCCGUCUGCAGGAACAGUUUCGCCAGCACAUGGCUGCCACCAACAACCUCAUGCACUAUCCUGCCUUUGACGUGACCACAGCGUCCUCCUUACCUUAUCUGGGCAUGAACGUGAACAUGGCGUCUCCGCUGGGAUCCCUGCCAUGUCAGCCCUACUAUCAGAGCCUGUCCCAAUCCCAGCAGAUGUGGAGCAGCCCUCUGCUGCAGGGAUCCGGUCGUCUACCGGCCCUCAACAGCAAAACCACAAGCAUCGAGAACCUGCGUCUGAGGGCCAAACAACAUGCUGCAUCACUAGGCUUGGGCGUGCUUCCAAACUGACACUUAUUGAUGCAAAUCAAUGCAUUUCUGACGCCAAUGUCUUGUGUUCAGGAUCUACAUUAUAUUAGUGUGCUCAAAUCAACAGCUGGAGCUGUUUCAUUAUUAAAUAGCAUGGCUGAGUGGAGAAGUCUGGACGACUUUUAAACGUUUCAGUCCAGCUGCAUGGCAGAGGUUAUAAACUUUUCCAAAUCCCCCUGGCUUUGCACUUUGUUUCUGUAAGUAAGCUUCAGGUCCACAGCCUUGGUAGAAGGUCAGUGAAGAUUCCCGUUUGUACAUUAAAAGAAGGUUAAAUGCCUUCACUGUCCAACUGUGGAUGUUGUUAAGGGACAGCAAAUUAAUGGAUGAAGUCUCUGCAAACUUCAGAAAGACUUCAGACUGACGCUCCUGAGUCUAUCGGAUAUCCCUGAAUUGUUUAAAUAAAUGUUAAUUUAUGAGUGGAAUGAAAGGGAAUAAACCACAUAUACUGUAUGAUCUGAACCUCUAACAGUAAUAAUUGUAUUCUUAAACUUAUCUCUAUAUUUACUUACAUUUUUAUAUUAUUUUUUACAAAUUUCCCCUUUUCUGUUCAGCCUAAAUGUCUGAAAAUAUUUAAAGUCA